AAAUAGACACAAUCUUAACACUUUCCGAAGAUGAGACCAAUAAUGAAGAUUAAAGGCCCAGGGCAUCCCUCAUCCACGCUCACUAUAAAAGCCUCUUCACACACUAUGUAGUCUUUCAUGCCAAAUCCACUACUUUUUAAUUUUUGCUUGUACCAAGUACAAAAUCAAUACACCAAACAAACCCCUCUCUCUCUCUCUCUCUCUCACACACACAUUUUGCAAGUCCAUUAAUACAAUUAAUUAAGCCAAAGAUGAAGAACAAAGCAUCUGCAAUAUUGAAGCAGAUAAUAUCUACGUUGAGCUCAAUGGCCAAGGCUAAAAGCCUGUCUCUCAAGAGCAAAACAAGGGCCAUCAAGACUCGCCUGAUUAUAUUGUCGUUGCUUAGCAAGAAGAAGUUCCUGAUGAGCUCCCUCUCUCACAGUAUUCAGCAAAAAAAGAGCUCCAUCUCUCACAAGCUCCAUACUUUGCUUGGCCAUCAAUAUCAUGACAAACAGUACUCGGACGAUGAAAACCAAAGCAAGCUGGCUAUUGCACUGUACGAAGGUAACAUUAAUGCCAUGACCCACGAGUCCCUCCCUGACCAAACUCGUACAGAGUUGUUGGAGGAGACGGAACACGGCUGCGUAGACGAAGCAGAUGAGGAGGACGAUGUCAAGUACCCGGAUCUCACCCACUCGUUCUUCGAAGAUCCGGGACUGGGAGGUUCCGUGAUAGACCUGGUGAAGACUUCAAAGGAAGGGGCAGGGGAGGAAUUCAGCCUAGAAGACGACAUAGACCACGUGGCAGACCUCUUCAUAAAGAGAUUCCAUAGUCAGAUGCUGAUGCAGAAGCAGCUGUCCUUGAAGAGGUACCACCAGAUGCUGCAGAGGGGUGCCUAGCUAAAACUUCUAUAUAUAUAUUUCCUUGUACGAAAAUGUAAAAGCG